UUAAUAUCACGGAGAGCCAUUACCUAAUUUAUUCUGUGGUCUGAAUGCGCCCUCUGUGGUGUAAAAAUUAGCCUCCAGUGUUUGGUGAGGGUGACUGAAAAAAAGUGUGAUAAUAAUUGUAUACAAAUUAAGCAGUCGUAAACGAGUCCGGGACAAAAGUUUUUGUUCGCGUUUGAUAGCUGAUUCGAUGUCACGGUGUAGUUUUCCUUCUCCAAUAUGACCUAAAUUAGUAUGUGAUAAGUGAAGAUUGACAGUGUCAACGAAUGCCUCCGUUGGUGGGGUCUGAUGACUGCCGCCAGCUGAGGUCCAUGGAACCGCCGCGCAAUGGAGACUUCGUCAGCUCGGUUCACAUGGCGUCGGCUCUGGUCGGCAAGGUAUGGUCAUCAUCAACGCAGCAGCAAUCCAACCAGCACCACCAUCAGUUCCGGCAGCUGCCAAUUACGCCCUACCUGCGCACCGCGCUCUACGACUACGACGCACAGGGUGAAGAUGAGUUGUCGUUACGUAAGGGGCAAAUUGUGGAAGUUUUAUCAGAAGAUGCCAAGAUAUCAGGCGACGAGGGUUGGUGGACUGGAAAGAUCGGCGAUAAGGUAGGGAUCUUUCCUUCAAAUUUCGUGGCACAUCAUGAUAUUGACGACGAAAGUGAAAAUAUCGAUUCAAUCAUUGCCGACGUUAAUCUGAUCAAGAUUGACUUUGCCGAACUGAAAUUGGAGGAGGUAAUAGGAGUUGGCGGUUUUUGCAAGGUUUACCGAGGAGAGUGGCAAGGCCGCGAGGUAGCGGUCAAAGCUGCGCGCCAAGACGCCGAUGAGGACCUGACCUCGACCUUGGAGAAUGUUGUCAAGGAGGCGAAGCUGUUUUGCCUGUUGCGCCACGAAAACAUCGUGUCGCUAGAAGGCGUCUGCCUGCAGGAACCAAACUUGUGCCUGGUGCUCGAAUACUGCCGUGGGGGGUCACUGAACCGGAUCCUGGCCGGGCGCAAGAUCAGACCAGACGUUCUGGUCGACUGGGCUAUCCAGAUAGCUCGCGGCAUGAACUAUCUGCAUUGGCACGCCCCCAUUUCGCUCAUCCAUCGCGACCUGAAGAGUUCGAACGUGCUGCUCAGCGAGGAGAUUGAGCAUGACGAUCUUCUUUACAAGACCCUGAAGAUCACCGACUUUGGGCUCGCUCGCGAAGUAUAUAAAACGACGAGGAUGUCCCAGGCUGGGACCUACGCGUGGAUGGCGCCCGAGGUUAUCAAGAACUCGACGUUUUCCAAGGCCAGCGACGUGUGGAGCUACGGCGUGCUCCUGUGGGAGCUACUCACUGGCGAGGUCCCCUAUAAGGGAAUAGACACUCUGGCGGUCGCCUAUGGGGUGGCGGUUAACAAGCUGACGUUGCCGAUACCGAGCACGUGUCCCCAGCCGUGGAGGAAACUAAUGGAGAAAUGUUGGGCCUCUGACCCGCAUCGAAGGCCUUCGUUCGAGCACAUUCUAGAGGAUCUCGACGAGAUCGUGCACUCGUCAUUCUGUCAGACGCCCCACGAGAGUUUCCAUGUUAUGCAGGACGACUGGCGCCUCGAAAUCGAGGAGGUGCUCCUCGAGCUGCGCAGGAAAGAAAAGGCUUGCAAAACCUACGAAGAGGAGCUACGCAGCCGUGAGGAGGAUCUAAAUCGCGCGCAGCUGCAGCAGCGCGUCCACGAGGAGCAGCUCCGUCAGAAGGAGCAGGAGCUACACGCGCGCGAAAUGGACAUCCUAAAGCGCGAGCUCAAUUUUAUGAUCAUACAACACACGCCGACGCCAAUCAAGCGCAAGGGCAAGUUCAAGAGGUCGAGGCUGAAACUAGUAAAGAAGGAGCCGGCGGCAAACAUCAGUUUCCCGUCGGAUUUCCGGCACACCAUCACCGUGCAGCACACGAUCGACCCUAAAGGCAUCGCGGGCUUGAUGUCGCCCGUCAGCCCGCCCGGCUCGCCCGCCAUACCAAGGCUGCGCGCGAUUGCGAUGCCCGCGGACGGUGUCAAGGGCAAAACGUGGGGCCCGAGCACGUGUCACCAGCGCGAACGCGGCCACAUAACGAUGUUGAGGCCGGCAGCCAACAGCAGCGCCUUGUGGUCGAAGAGCGCCCCCAACCUGGACAAGACGCGACCGUCGCCUAGCCACCAAGCGGCUCAGUCGUCUCAUCGCCACCACCAAGAUGAUAUAGAUCACGUGCCUCCCGAAGACUGGGGACCGGAAUACUUGAUACCCGGCGGGUUUAGGCACAACGUACCGAUGCCCACCCUGUACAACGCCGAAGGUCAGAGACUGAAGCCGAAACUGGGCAUAGUUGAACUCGUAUUGUAUAAUAUCGCCGCCAUGUUGGCGGGCGUAGCGUCUGGCUACGACGUGCGACUGUCCAAUGUUUCUCCGCUUCACCCGAGGCUACAACCCGCCAGGACGGAAGGCGUGGACCACCUCCCCGCGUGGAGGCCGAUCGAACACGAAGAGUAUGAGUAUUCUACGGUGUCCGGCUACAACCACAACACGUACCACGGACCCACCAAACACUACAGGUCGGCGCUGACAGGUUCACAGCUUUUAGCAUUGCGGAAUGAGGAGAAGCGUCCUCUAAGGUUCACGGAUUCCCCACCCCAAUGCUGUCCCCCAAACCCAUCACCGCGGAGGAAAUCUAGCUCGACCAGCACCGACGGGUUCGAAAUCUGUGCCGGUUUCGAUCGCACUCCUAUAUACGCCCCAGGUGACUACAGCGAUCGAUGCCCGAACGAACCGGGGUCGUGCCUAAGAUGCAGCUUCAGACCACCCGACAGUACUUACUUGGCAAACCAUUCGGAAUGCAGCACGACCACUCUUUACGGUUACGGCACCGAUUAUGCAUACGACAAUCCGAGCAGUGUGAGCAGUCACAGCGGUUCGAGGACACCCCAAAAUUUACCCUUCCAGUUGCACCGGAGGACAUCCUCCAACAUUUCCAGCGCCAGCUCCACGACAACGAGCGGCUCGAACGUCAAUCCCAGCUUUAAGUUGGAGGACGAAUACACCUUAACGUCGAGUUUCCGACGGCACGACUCUACCGCCAGGACCGAAUUUUUGGGGUUGGAGACGGCGGGACACGCGAGGCUCAGGUCAAGCCUCAAACGCAAUCAUUUCCACGGGUCGCCAGGUGGCGGCAGCGGCGACGCCCCUACUCCACCCGAUAGUUUGGCUAGUGACGACAGCAGUUACGUAUCGGCCAGUUCGGUCAGCAGAGUGCGGUUCUCACCGACCACGCUUAUCGACUUACCGGCCCCCGGCCAGAACAUGGACCCGACGGUGCCGCUGCAGGCCCGCAGGAGCAGGCAAAGGCCAUCGCUCGCGGAAAUGGAAAAGGAAUUCUUCUCGUAACGAGUUGAUACGUAUUCAGGGUUCUCAGCAAUUAACAAAGUUAUAAUUCUCGGACUUGUCCAGAUAUUAUACAGACUUGCAAAUGACAUUUUCGAGGCAUGCUUAAACAAAAAACUAAUUGUAAAAAAACGGUUUACAUAUAUAGUCCUAAGGAAGUUAUUGGAAAAUCUCGAAUCAUUAAUGCAGAAUUUUUGAGACUUCCAGGUUGCUGAGAUCCCCGACAUUUUUACGGAACGGAACUAGUCUUGAAUUUUAUUAUAUUUAUUUGCGCCUUUUAGCGUUCUCUUUUUAUAUACAUUUAUACGUUUUAUGUUCUAGCGUACGCCAGGACCGUAUUUAGGCUUAAGUAUUUUUAUGGUUUUAAGUGAUGACGGACCGUUUUAACUGAUUUAAAAGUAAUUACUAAGAUAGGGAAAAUAUUCCGUUGUGGUGAGCUUUCUUUUUUUUUUCGACGAAACACGGUGGCAUCGCGAAGAGAUUUUACAAUUUUUUAUCUAGUCAUCGAAAGAAUAUUUUAAAAAAUAUGGGCGGGAUGCGGCGGUACCAGCGCACGGAAGCGAGAGACUUCGCUGGGGUGGGCUAUAGGAAUCAGGUAGGCAUACGUUUCGAACUUUUUAACCCUAUUUUUGUAGUAAAACGGAUUUUAAUUGACCGUAGUUUGCGAGUGGACGUUUACCGUAGGCUUCGCCUCAACCGUACGCUUUCACUACUGGUGAUAUCCGCUCGAUUCCGGCUGGUGUGCUGUAUUCCUUUUAUAGACUGUACAGCAUUACCAUUAGCAAUUACCCGUAGCGCAGCUGAAGCUUGACCGCUUCAAUCAAAAUAAGCGCUCCCAGCUUCGGAGUGGACGACCAAUCCCAUCCCCCUCCCAGCAUAAGACUGCCUCUCGACAUUCCAGCACAAAUUGCACCAGUCCCACCUAAAAGCCCGAAUGUACUUACCUUUUUUUUUGCAAUAGCACUAUUGUGCGACUGACUGUAUAUAUUGAUAUAGGGUAUCCACGGAUUCGUCUGCGUGUAUACAGUGUGUUACAAAGGUGCUAGGCCAAAUGCCUAACAGCAAUUUAGGGCAAAUUAGACUUACCUCAGCCUCGAAGUGGACGCUUUCGAAAACUUUCUGAGGCACAUUGUAUACACCAUUCUUUCUCGGGGGCGUUAUGGACGGGUCGACCCGCGUGACGUAGAGAAGAAAAAGACGACAAACGAGACCGUAGCGGUCAACGCAGCGUCCACAUACAGGGUGUUUUAGCUUUGUGCAGCCUCAACCACUCACCCUGCAUAGGUAUUAAAAAAGUAAAAAAAAAUCAUUUAUUAUAGUGCUAAAUGUUUUUAAAAUGAAGUGACCUUGAAGUUAAAUCUAUAUGCAGCAUGUUGCAGUUAUUCGAAACGGAUUUGCUAAUUUGCUAAAUACACCGCAGGGUGGGCCAGUUAGGUCGCGUCGGACACCCUGUAUAUAAGACACGAAGUCCCGUGUACAUAAAUAAUCGCCAUUUGUAAAAUACAACCCUUACCACCGCCAUCGCCGAGGAGUACUCCGUGUGCUUCCGCAACCACUAAAGAAAUUACUUGUACCAUACAUUCCAUAUUAUUAUUAAAAAAAUCGUCUUGUAGCCCGUAAUAAAGAAAAAUGAU